UGGUUACGGAUGGAGGCGGGCUGGUGGAGUGGGCGGGGCGAAGAAUUAGCUCGAGUGUGAGAGAGUGGCCGCUGCCGGAGGACGAAGGCGUGAACAGUUCAGUUCCUGGCUGUGGUCAGAGUCCCGUCAUAGGUAUACCUGUGGAACAACGGCGGAAAGAAGGCGCCCAGCCGGCUGGAUCGCUAGGGCGAGCGCUGCCGCAGGGCGGGUCUUCCGGUUAUCAAGCGUGCUGGUCAGAAGUCAUGAACUCACGUAGUGUUGUGACGUGAGGGGGUGUAUCCAAGAUGGCUGCGCGCAUGAAACAGUGUGCCGGGAGUCCUCGCGGAGAUCGAGCCCGGGUCACCAGAUGACCUCUGAAGAUGGUUUCCACUUGGGAGGUGACGAGACUGCACUUCUCGAAACAGAGGCUGAAGAAGCUGGAACUUCUCCGGAUCCGCGUUAUUGAUAUCCCGACUGUGAUACUCACCACCAUCUCCAGGAUCGAGAGAAGAGGAACUUCCAAAAUAAUGGGUCACUGGGAUCUGUGUGACAGCCGGAGUUAAAAGUUACUGGGCCGAAGCUCCUGGAAACUCGUGACUGUACUCUCCCUCGUUUGUUUAUAACUGAGAUAGAGUGAGAGAGCUUGAGAAAUACUUGGCUGUGGACACGUUAAUUGGGAUAAUCUCCUCCGCGUCACUCCCGAAGGCCACUGUUGCUUUUUCUCCUGCUUUCUUUGCUGUCACUCUGCCGGUCUCCCUUCUAGUCAAAGGUUUUGCUGAUGUGUGUGUGUAGAACAAUCCGAAAUCCCUAGUGAGCAAAGCAGUCCUGUGUAUCUCUCGGGGCAGAUGCACACAGGCUGCUUGGGAACCCCCCUGUGAACCCAGGUUCACCCCCCUCCCUAUAGCUGUUCUUCAGUAUUUUGAAAAUGAAAACUUCCCCCGUUAUUUUUCCCCUUUCCUUCAGGUAUUUUAAAGUCCGAAUUUCGGGAAUCACCCAAAGCAACAAGGUCCCGGGUCUCUGCCUUUCCACACACCUGCGUUGCUUUCUGGAGCCGGACCACCAUUGCUUAGAACUGGACCGCAAGUGCGGUCAAGUGCAUUGCAAGUGGAAGUCCCUGCAUGUUAUUUGGUAUCCCUCUGCAAAUUAUUGUGAAGAUGGAGUCUGGUCCAGAGGUCCUUGCCAGCAGGGCUCUCAAAGCCUCUGUCCCUAUACUUCUGACUUGGAACUGAGCCUUUUCAUGGGCAGGGGAAGACCUGGUGGACUCUCAAGACCAAGAAUGCUCAAGAAUGCUGAGCCUUAAAGAAAGGCUCUCACUUCCAGCUGCUAGGCUCUGUUCCUGUUCCCUGUUCAUGCAGAGGAUUGCAAUUUAAGACAGUGAUCUUGUCUCUUGGCCACAUGGCUGCAACUGCGACACCUGCUGGCCAGUAACGAUGAUUACACCUACUCGAAUUCAUUGGAAUUUAUGAAAGAUGUAGGUUCUCAGCUACUGCUCCAGUGCCAUGCCUUCCUGCCUGCUGCCACGCUCCCCAACAUGAUGGCCAUGGACCAAACCUCUGAAACUGUUUCUAGGCUCUCUCGAGGCGUGUAGCCACUGCUGGAGAUUCCAAGCUGACGAUGCCGCUGAUGAAUCACCUGAGAGUGAUUCUGCACGCAUCUCCGUGUACAUUGCUGUGGAGAAGGUUCCAGGUUCCGAGGUCUACGCCACGGAGGUCCUGCAGUCUCUAUACCUGCACUUACAGAACCCGGAACCGAGCCUGUGAGUACUCCAGUCCUUUAAGAGUAAAAAGGUCGGCAGGAAAAAAAAAAACGAAAUUUACACACCUUAAGAACUAUGAACAUGCCCGGCGAUUGAUUGAGGGAGGACCCCUGGAACACAACUACCGACUGAAGCAGUUUCAUUUUCACUGGGGGGCCAUUGAUGCUUGGGGUUCCGAGCACACUGUGGACAACAAAUGCUACCCAGCCGAGCUGCACUUGGUACAUUGGAAUGCAGUCAAAUUUGAAACCUUUGAGGAUGCAGCCCUGGAAGAAAACGGCUUGGCUGUGAUAGGUGUAUUUUUAAAGCUAGGCAAACAUCAUAAAGAACUACAGAAAUUGGUGGACACUCUGCCAUCAAUUAAGCACAAGGACACCCUGGCAGAAUUUGGAUCAUUUGACCCUUCUUGUCUGAUGCCUGCUUGCCCAGAUUACUGGACCUACUCUGGGUCUCUCACUACACCGCCCCUCUCCGAGUCUGUUACCUGGAUCAUUAAGAAGCAGCCAGUAGAGGUUGAUCAUGAUCAGCUUGAGCAGUUUCGAACCCUGCUUGUCACUUCUGAAGGGGAGAAAGAGAAAAGAAUGGUGGACAACUUCCGCCCGCUGCAGCCACUGAUGAACCGUACUGUCCGCUCGUCCUUCCGCCAUGAUUAUGUGCUCAAUAUGCAAGUGAAGCCCAAGCCAGCAGCCAACCAAGUCACCCCCUAAGAUGUUCAUAUUUUAGGCAGCAUCUUGCUUUAAUGUAUAUUCACUUAAAAUCUUAACUAGAUCAUUUUAAAAUUCUGCAUUUAAUAAUACUUAUAUGUAUACAUUUAUAUUUCUUUCCUUCCAUUUUUGUAACAACAUUUCAAAGUUCCUACCCUUGUAAGGCAAAGACUUGGAGACAAAACAAUAAAAAAAAAAAGCCCAUAACCGAAUCACAUCAGGUUACCUUAGGUUACCUUUCCUUGGGACAGGAUUUAGGCAGAGGAAUCUUCUUUACAUCAAUUGAAGUGGCCAGUUAGGGAUUUUGAUGUUAAAUUUCUCUAAUCUCUCUUUCUCAGAAAGUCAGAGAAAGUUUAGUUUUUGCUUGGUAAAAUGGAAGUUUAGUGUAAAUAACCCAUCUUGAUUUUUCUGUUUGGGCCUUAAUACAGGAGCUUAACAAACCCACAGCAAGAGGUUCUUGUGAAUUUGAAUUAAUGACGUCAGUCUUUUGUUCAAACUGUUAAAUUGUCUCAUCUUACAGUAUUGGUCCCAAUCUUAGCUACCAUCAUUUGGAACUGCAGACCUCAAAGUGGCAUUCAAAGGUUAGGUGUGCAUUUAUUGAUUUCAGAUUAUUUCAUCUAUUUUUUUAAGAUAAGGUUUCUCUGUGUACCCCUGACUGUUCCAUAACUUACUCUGUAGACUUGUCUAGCCUUCAACUCAUAGAGUUCUUCCUGCCUUUGCCUUCCAAGUGCUGGAAUUAAAGUCUUGUGCCACCGC